AUGGCAAUGGAAAUCACCUUUUCUGAUACAUCCUCAGAAUUCACACAAUAUCACUCCCAUAAUAUGCUAUGGACUACAAGCGAGCCUGUAAGGUUCAUCAAGAAUCCUCAAAUUUGUAUGGAACUACAGGAGACCUCAGAUGCCAAAGUAACCUUGAGAAACAAGGACAGAGUUGGAGGCAUCACAUGUCCUGAUUUCAAACCAUAUGACAAAGCUAUAGUAAUCAAAACAGAACCACAAGUUCAAGUAGGUUGGAAUUGGGAUAAUCACAAUCAAAACAUACCCAGAGGCUCUCACACACCCAGACGCGCGCGCAUCCCUAGGUUAUGGGGCGCACGUGAGCCCACGCCCCGUGCACCCAUCCCUGCCUCGAGCCAGAGCAUCCUCAACAGCUGCCACAGAAGCAGCCUCCUCCCCUCUCCUCUCCCUCCUCCUCCUCCUACCACCGCUGCCAGAGCCGCCACUGCUGCUGUGUCUCCCAUCCCCUUUCGUUCUCCUUCUUCGCCCAGUUCCAGCUCUUUCUCCCAGCCCCGAAGCCUCUGGCUUGGCGUCGAAGGGCAGAACCUUCAGCAGCAGGACCCCCUCGUCCUCGCCACGAAGAGGUUGGAACAGAUGAGAUGCGAUGGGGUGAAAAGGUGAUGGAUCUCUUUGCCUGUUCGCCAUCCUUUUCGCUUCUAGGCGAGAGAACACCGAAGCUGCCGGGACUCCAGCUCCCCGCCCACCCCUAAAGCUCUCUUUCUUCGCGCCCCUCCACCUCCCCGCAUUCACUUCCCAGAGCUGAGCUUUCUCUUGUUCUUCGAGCUCAUGAUGGGGGUGGGGAGAGAUGGACGGUGUCGACCCAGCGGGGCACCUGGGUGCACGGGGCUUUGUUGCA